UUCAAACAGAGGUGGAGUCUGCUGGAUAUUUAAAGCACUGGUCAGUGGUGGAUUUCAACACAGCACGAACAACUCUGUUGCUCUCCUCUGAUGAACAGAUACGAUAAUGUAGCAGAAGAAAAAGCUUUACCUGACCACAUCCUGAUCUCGAUCAACUGGAACAGCCCAAUUCAUCGGAUUUCACCCGGAGAGAGGAGAGCACGAGGUUGCUGAGAAAGACUAGAGAAGGAGAGAAGUCACCAUGGAGGCUGUAUUCCACUCUCCCUUCGCUGCAGCUGGCCAACUGCCUUGGCUGCUUCUGACUCUGUUUGCAUUAUGGACAGUCUUAUGUUCAGCCGACGUGAAGCAGACAAGAUGGCCAUUAUAUUCCCACAAGCCAUUUCUUCUUGCCUGGAAUGCCCCAACACAGGAGUGUGCUCCGCGACAUCGUGUAACUCUGUCUCUGGAGCAGUUCGACAUUGUGGCGUCUCCCAAUGAGGGCUUUGUCCGGCAGAAUCUCACAAUCUUCUACAAGGAGCGCCUCGGCUUGUAUCCUUAUUACAAGCGCGAUGGCACUGCAGUGAAUGGAGGUCUUCCACAGCUCGCCAGCCUCGCUCAGCACUACGAAAAGAUGCCCGGAGGUGUGCAGAAGUACAUCCGUGAGCCAGAUGCAAAAGGCUUGGCUGUUAUUGACUGGGAGGAGUGGCGCCCACUGUGGAUCCGAAAUUGGGAUAUUAAAGACAUUUAUCGAAGUAAAUCUCGUGAAAUGCUGGCCAAAAAGAAUCCUGAGUGGACCCCAGAUCAAGUGGCUAAAGUCGCACAGCAGGAAUUUGAGUCGUCAGCUCGUAAGUUCAUGCUGGAGACUUUAAAGUUUGCCAAGAAUCUGAGGCCCAAUCAACUGUGGGGCUUCUACCUGUUUCCAGACUGUUACAACCAUGAUUACAGGAUUGGACUGAAAAACUACACAGGCCGCUGCCCCUCAGUGGAGAUGGCACGCAAUAAUCAACUGAACUGGUUGUGGAUGGAAUGUACUGCAUUCUUCCCGUCCAUAUAUAUGGGCUCGGUACUACGCUCUUCAAACUACGGGCGUCUGUUUGUCCGGAACAGAGUGAAGGAGGCGAUGCGGCUGGCAUCUGUUGGGGAUGGAUUAGCAAAUCCUGUGUUUGUUUAUACCCGACCUACGUAUAUGAAUCAGAUGACACUUCUAAGUGAGAUGGAUCUGGUCUCCACCAUCGGUGAGAGCGUUGCACUUGGAGCCGCAGGUAUAAUCUUCUGGGGGGAAAGCUCCUAUGCAAGCAGUGAGGAGAGCUGCUCCAUCCUAAAUAAGUAUCUUCAGGGACUCCUGGGCCAGUACCUGCUCAAUGUGUCCACAGCAGCAGAGCACUGCAGCCAGGUCAUGUGUAAAUCCCACGGUCGCUGUCUUCGCAGAGUACCAGACAGAGACGUGUACCUCCACCUCAGCCCCUUAACACACAGCAUCACCAGUCAGGGUGGCCAGUUAAAGGUUACAGGAGCACCUGGCCAAGCCGAGCUUACACUUUACCACACACACUUCCAGUGCCAGUGCUACCGUGGGUACAGGGGUGAGGCUUGUGCUCUGAAAGAAAAAGGGCAGAAUAGAGCCUCCUCUGUCUUCGGGACCUGGCCCCUUUGCCUUUUACUCCCACUAGGAUUCCUCACUCUGCUACACUGAGGAAACACAGGAGCCCAAACCCCUAACCUGCGUCUGUCAGCUCUGAAAAGAACUCAAACUUCGUGAUGUAGAGGUGUCAGGUUACCCUGCACAAGUGACGGUUAAAUCCCGUCAUCACUCGUCUCGCACUAUGGCAGGAUCUUUUCAUCCCAGCACACAGGCCAUCUAAAAGUAAUAUUUCUGUCUAACACGCUGCACUGGGAGAUCUCCAGUCUUGGUUCACCUCCUCGAAAUUAUGUCCUUCAAUCCGUUUUGCAGCUGAUGAACUUGCAUCGAAUUAUGUCACAAACCAAAUCCAAAUAUUAAGGCUUUUGCCAAGCUCCAUGCUGGCCUUGACCUCCAGAUUGGACAGUCCCUGCAGAAACAAUUACAGCUUAACUUUUUUUAAUCCACCUGUACUUUCCUAUGAUGAACACAACAACAUGAUGCCUAACCAAAUGUGUGGAAACAAAUCAUCAUACAGUAUUUAUUAGUUGUUGGUGCAACAAAAUGGUACUUUUAGGUAUUUUGCCUUUUCACAUUGCUGCCCAAUAGUUUGUAUCCGUUGAUGAAUCAAGUGCUGUGACCUAUAGCCUAAAGAUGGACGUAUUAAUAGUACAUUAUGAUGGUGAUAAAUUGUGGCAAAUGUAGUCUUAAAUCUCUUGAUUAUCUUUGGCUCAUUGAAACAACAUGGCUGGACCUGCCUGUUUCAGUUUUCAGAGAUGUGCCUUAACCGGGCUCCAAAUGCUCUUUUACUUUUGUUUACAUGCUGUGAUCAAUGAGGGUUGUGAAUUAGUGCGGUGAUGUUCAUCUCAGCCCCCUUUGGGCACAAUGCUAUGCUAAUAUAAUUAAUAUCAAUAUCCAUAUUGCGUACUAGGUUUUUUUAUUAAUAAGCAAAAUGUGCAUAAAAAAGGGAGGCUGGACAUUAAAUACAAACAAAUGUUGAUAUUUGUUUGAAGAAAAUGGUAACCCUGACGGUUACUGUGAAAAAGCUCAGCAUCCAGGUAGUGUAACAUUUGCCUUAUUAUUAUAAUUUUUUAAAUAUUUUUGUGGCAUUUCAUUUCUUGAGGACCGACUGGAGGUCUAUCAAAUACGACAAGUAUCAUGUUAACGCAUCCAGUAUAAAUGCAAGAAUAUGUUAAUUCUCCAGUAGUUUGUCUUGGCCUCAACACUUUAGCAAGGAAAUACAAGAAGAAUAGUGUGUUUAUGCUGAAAAGAAUAUUGGCUAACGUGUGGUUAUCAGAUAUAAUAUCAGCUUCAGUAUUGAUAGGAGUCAGUGCACAAUAACCAGUUUUACUGCGUGUAGUGUGUAGCUUGACUUGCUUGCAUUGCAGCUUGUGUCUGGGUUGCUGCCAGUGACGCUGUGUGGAUGGAAACUACUGUCGGUACAUCUUCAUCUUCUACUAGACUUAAACUAGCAGAGCAGUUUCAUAUUUAUACAGUAGCUGUUUGUAUUUAUUCUGCUUGGCAGUGCUCAAAGAAGUAUAAAGGUACCUAAAUUUGUGAGGAGGUGGGAAAUAACUAAUAUGUUUUACUGUUAAAAUAAACUGGAAAAUGGAGAAACACAGAACCAGUAUUGCAAUACAACAGUUUAUGUAUGCUGGACUUUUGAAAUUCUGCACUUUAACUGAUUCUAAUGCAUUAGGUGAAAAUAUGUAUGUAUGUUUUGCUGCAAGCAGGACAUCACAGUAUAUAAAGAUGUUUUUUCCAUUUAAUGUUUCAUGUAUUGGCUGUGAAUCUUAACCGUUGUUUGUCUUUAACUCUGUUGUGUGAAAAUAAUCUAAUAAUUAAUUUGUCAUUAUCUUUAAAUAUGACGUGUAAGAUCAUUAACACAUUAACUCUGUUUUAUGGUAAAAAGAUAGAAGAAAUUUGUCACCCAUGUGCAAUGCUGAUGAUGUUGCCCAGCAAUUCUAGACUGAAAUGCCAUGGAUACCUCUUUACAUUUUAAUAUCAGGCUAUGAGGGUAAAGGAAGAAGUGCAUUAAGCAUCCACACUUUAUUGUGCUCUUUAGCCUUUUCACUAUUAGUACAUUAAACAUAUAGUGCCAGCCAUUUGACUGGGAUAGUGUUUCAAACUUUGAAUUUGAAAUAGUAUUCUCCUCUACCUACUACCUAUAUAAUGCAUACAUUUAAAUGCACUCCAGUCAGAAGUAAUAUAACAUUUGUUGAGUAAGUGACUUAAAACGGAAAAAAAUGGAAUGGGCCUUUUGGAGACAUGUUUAUAAAUAUCUUUUUAUAAUGUUCUUCUUGAUUAUUUUAUUUUGAAAGGACAGCCUUUCAGAGUAACCUUUAAGUAUCAGAACACUCCAGUGUCUACAGACUCAGGAGAAGGUCACUGGUAUCUGGGAAUUGCACCGCUCAGCCUCCCCUGAAAAGUCUAUUCCAAGGUCCUUGAAGAGAGGCUCAGACCAAUUGACCUCAGAUUUAGCAGGGGCAAUGCAAAUUUGGAUCAUCUACUCCUCAUGUGUAUUGUGGACUUGACAGAAGGCAUGUGACUGUGUCCCCUGAGGGACCCUGUGGGUGCAGUGCUGGUUGCUAAACUUGCUGCAUGACACAAAUCCUGUCUUUGAUAUCAAUGGUCAGGAUUUAAGGACACAGCAGGGAGGAGAGUGUCCAGUUUGCGAUUCUCAGAAUUAUGUCACUGCUCUCUUUCUCCUGGGCACCUUUUGUUCGUCUUGUUUUUUUUUUGUUCGUUUGUUUGUUUCCAAAUGGGAGGAGACCCUGAAUUUGCUGCAGGGAUUAAUAUCCCAUUCAACCUGGGACCAGAUCUUGAUCCUGUACCAUCCACCUCUCCAUUCUAGAAGCAGCUUUGUCUCAUUGUUAGCAAGGAAAUGACCUUAAAAGCCUUAUUUUGCCAAAGUGCAAUGAUGUUAUUGUUUGAAACCAAACUGGAGCCCAAUCAAAGGGUUUUGUACUUACAAGCAAUUAAUAAUAUCCUUUUUACAACAAAGAAUUUCAAUAUUAAAAUGGGUUUUAAAAAAAAGAAAAA